AUGAAGCGCGGGGCGUCGGAGUCGGACGCGACGAGCCAGGCGACGACGACGCCACCGCGGACGCCCAAGACCCCGAACAACAAGCGGCCGGCGUACUACGUGCAGAGCCCGUCCCACGACGGCGGCGGCGACAAGUCGUUGUCGUCGACGACGGCGCACACCACGCCGGUGUACAACAGCCCGCUUGAGUCGCCGUCGCACGCUUCCUCCACGGGCCGCCACUCCAGGGUGUCCUCCGCCACCCGCUUCUCGGGCACGCUGCUCCCGUCCUCCUCGCCCGCCACAAGCAGGGCCAGCGCUGGCGCCGGGCGGAAGAAGCGGCACGGCGGCGGAUCCGGCCAUAAGCACAAGAAGUGGCGCGAGGUGGGCGGCGUCAUUGACGAGGAGGCGGCGGACGAGUACGACGGGGUCGACCAGGAGGAGGAGGAGGAGGAUGAGCUCCCGGUGUGCUGCGCGGUGGUCUUGUGCGCAGUGGUCCUCGUGCUGCGCGGUGGUCUUGUUCGCCGUCGCCUGCCUCGUCGUCUGGGGCGUUGCUCGCCGCUACAAACCCACCGUCGUCGUCAAGAGCCUGACAGUGCACAACUUCUACGCCGGGUAAGGCACGGACCGCACCGGGGAGCCGACGAAGCUGGUCACGCUCAACUGCUCGCUGGCCAUGUCCGUCCACAACCCUUCCACCAUGUUCGGCAUCCACGUCUCCUCGAGCUCCAUCCGGCUCAUUUCCACAAGUUUUACCAGCCGAGGAAGAGCCACCGCGUAGCCGCCGCGAUCCAGCACGGCGAGAAGACGCCGCUCUAUGGAGCCGGCGCCACGCUUGCGGUGGCUAACGACGCCGGAGGCAAAGGGAAGGUGCCGCUGACGCUGGAGCUGGCGGUCAGGACCAGAGGGCACGUGAUCGGGAGGCUUGUGAGGGUGAAGCACGCCGUGCGCGUGAGGUGCCCCGUCGCCAUCGACCCCGGCAGCUCCAGGCCAGUCAGGUUCCGUCGGAGCGAUUGCAGCUACAGGCGGCGAUGA